UUCCAGGCGACCCCGUGCGUUGCAGCCCCCGUGGCAGGGCGUGGAUCCCUCCCGGCCUACGUCGCCGCCCACCCGGGUGCUGGGGCCCAACGGCCUGACUUGCCCCUCCCAAGGCCUCCUCCUGCCCAGCGGGACCGCCGAGGGCGCUCUCCGCCGCCUGGGCUUCGCCUGCCGCCCCGAGUUGGCCGGCCAAGAUGGCCGCCGCCCGCGAGGACUCUGCCCACUCCCACGAGACACGUUGAGGAAGAGGAAGGUAUGGCCACCGGGCUUCCGACGGCCUGGUUCCGAACCAGUGACCUUUGAAGAUGUGACCCUGGGUUUUACCCCGGAUGAGUGGGGAAUGCUGGACCUCGAACAGAAGUCCCUGUACAGGGAGGUGUUGCUGGAGAACUACAGGAACCUUGUCUCAGUGGAACAUCAGCUUUCCAAGCCAGAUGUGGUAUCUCAGUUAGAGGAGGAGGAAGAGCUCUGGUCGGUGGAGAGAGGAAUUCCUCAAGACACCUUUUCAGAGUGUCCUGAGGCUCAGUUGGACCCUCAGUUCCAUCCUUUUCCUGCUGGGAAUCCCCUGAUGAAGAUCGAGGUUGUUGAAAUCCUCACACUGAACGAGGAGGUGGCUCUUCCCCGGAACGCCCAGAUCCGCGCCCUCUAUGCUGAAGAUGAGGGCCUGAGCCCAGACAUCCUCAGGGAGCCCACUCAACAUCUGGAUAAGCAUCUAACUGACCCUGAGACCGCUCGCCAGAGGUUCCGGAGGUUCCGCUUUGAGGAGGUGGCAGGGCCCCGAGAAGCCCUGGCCCGGCUGCGUGAGCUGUGCCGCCAGUGGCUACGGCCCGAGGUUCACUCCAGGGAGCAGAUGCUGGAGCUGCUGGUGCUGGAGCAGUUCCUGGGCUCGCUGCCCGGGAAGCUCCGGAUGUGGGUGGAGUCGCAGCACCCAGUGGACUGCCAGGAGGCAGUAGCCCUGGUGGAGGAUGUAACCUGGAUCUCUGAGGAGGAAGCACCGCCCACCCAGGGCCCCACCAGCUCUCUCCAGACCACAGCUCAGCAGGAGGAGGACGUGGCCACCAGGCUGGCCAAGGCACUGCCUGAGGAACCGGUGACCUUCCUGGACGUGGCUGUGGACUUCAGCAGGGAGGAGUGGGGGCUGCUGGACCCGACACAGAGGACCGAGUACCACGACGUGAUGCUGGAGACCUUUGGACACCUGGUCUCAGUGGGGUGGGAGACUACUCUGGAAAGCAAACAGUUAACUCCAAACCCCAACACGCCUGAGGAAGAGCCAGCCUGCCACCUGAAAGUGGAGGAAUUCUCGAGGGAUGACGCCCAGCCCUCUACCUCAGGAGACACCUUGCAGGCUGGGGCCCCGGAGGUCUUGGACACAGCGUUGAAACCAGUAGCGCUCACUCAGGAAAAAACCCUCCCUCAGAAGCCACCCGGUGAAAGCCCCAAACCCCCGGCAAGCACAGGUCCCGACGCAAGCCACAUCUCCCUCCAGAAGACCAUUCCUAGAAAACGCUUGCGCAAGCGUGACCCCAGGGUCAAAAAGAUGACACACAACCCCUGUGUAAAACUUCAUCAGAAGAGCUGCAGCAGGGGAAAGGCCCAGGAGAGCGGGAGCUGUGGGAGAACCUUACCCCGGAGCACUCAGCAGAUCACGUUUACACGAAUUCACAAAGGGAGCCAGGUGUGCCGAUGCAGCGAAUGCGGGAAAACCUUCCGGAACCCCAGGUACUUCUCGGUGCAUAAAAAGAUCCACACGGGAGAGAAGCCCUACGUGUGUCCGGACUGCGGGAAGGCAUUCGUGCAGAGCUCCUCCCUCACGCAGCAUCAGAGGGUUCACACUGGGGAGAGACCCUUUGAGUGUCACGAGUGUGGAAGGACUUUCAACGACCGCUCGGCCAUCUCCCAACACCUGCGGACUCACACCGGGGCCAAGCCCUACCCAUGUCAGGACUGCGGCAAAGCCUUCCUGGGACUGUCACGUCUUGUUGUACACAAGAGAACACACACGGGAGAAAAGCCAUAUGAAUGUAUUCAGUGUGGGAAGUCUUUCAGCCAGAGCUAUGACCUGGUUGUACACCAGAGAACUCACACUGGAGAAAAGCCCUAUGAAUGCAACCAGUGUGGGAAAUCCUUCACCCAGAGUUCCAAACUUAUUAGGCAUCAACGAACUCACACUGGAGAAAAACCAUAUAAAUGUCAUGAAUGUGGAAAAUCUUUCAGGUGGAACUCUAACCUUACUGUUCAUCAAAGAAUUCAUACUGGAGAGAAACCUUAUGGCUGUGCUCAUUGUGGAAAGUCCUUCAGUCAAAGCUCUGACUUUGUUGCACAUAAAAGGACUCACACUGGAGAGAAACCCUAUGAAUGUAACCAGUGUGGAAAAUCUUUCAUUCGAAGCACUCAGCUUAUUAGGCAUCUGCGAAUUCACACUGGAGAGAAGCCAUAUAAAUGCAAUCAGUGUGACAAAGCCUUCACUGGGAGCUCUCACCUUAUUGAACAUCAGAGAACUCAUACUGGAGAGAAACCGUUUGAAUGUAAUCAGUGUGGGAAAGGCUUCACUGGGAGCUCUCACCUUCUUUCACAUCAGAAAAUUCAUUCUGGAGAGAAACCGUAUGAGUGUAAUGACUGUGGGAAAGCUUUUCGGCAGCGAUCUCAGCUUGUUGUGCAUCAGCGAACACAUACUGGAGAGAAACCUUAUGAAUGCAGUCAUUGUGGAAAAGCUUUCAGCCAGAGGUCUCCCCUCAUUGUGCAUCAGAGAAUACACAUUGGAGAGAAGCCCUAUCAGUGUAACAUGUGUGCUAAAGCCUUCAGUCAGAGGUCACGCCUUAUUGAACAUCAGAGAACACAUACUGGAGAAAAGCCCUAUGAAUGCAUUGACUGUGGGAAAGCCUUCAAUGAUCGAUCAACCCUUACAAAACACGAGAGAACACACACUGGGGAAAAACCCUAUGAAUGUAAUCAUUGUGAAAAGGCCUUUAGCCAGCGGUGUCAACUUACUAGGCAUCAGAGAAUCCAUACUGGAGAGAAACCCUAUGAAUGUAAUGAGUGCGGAAAAGCUUUCAGUUAUAGUACAUCCCUUAUUCAACAUGAGAAAACCCAUGGGAGAGAAAAACCCUACAAGUGCGCGGACUGCGGCAAGUCCUUCAACCACAACGCACACCUCACGGUGCACCGGAGGAUCCACACGGGGGAGCGGCCGUACGCGUGCAAGGAGUGCGGCAAGGCCUUCAGCCAGAACUCCUCGCUGGUGCAGCACGAGCGCAUCCACACGGGCCACAAGCCCUACAAGUGCGCGGACUGCGGCAAGUCGUUCUGCCACAGCACGCACCUCACGGUGCACCGGCGGAUCCACACCGGGGAGAAGCCCUACGCGUGCCAGGACUGCGGGCGCGCCUUCAACCAGAACUCGUCCCUGGGCCGCCACCGGCGCACGCACACCGGGGAGAAGCCGUUCGCCUGCAGCGUGUGCGGCAAGGCCUUCUCGCGCACCACGUGCCUGUUCCUGCAUCUGAGGACGCACACGGCCGAGAGACCCUACGAGUGCAGCCGCUGCGGUAAGGGCUUCCGGCACAGCUCGUCCCUGGCGCAGCACCAGCGCAAGCACGCCGGCGAGGGCCCCUACGACUGCCGCCAGAGGCUGGCCUUUGAGCCCACGCCGGCGUGGCCGGAGCCCCCGACCCCUGGGGAGGGGGCUCCCCGCAGCGACAGGCCCUUCAGGUGUGGCCAGUGCGGCAAGUGUUUCACGCAGAGCUCGCACCUCAUCCGACACCAGAUGACGCACACCAGGGAGGAUCCCCGAGGCCGGGGUCGGCGGCGCCCGCAGCCCUGCGGCCAGAGCCCGCACCUCGGGCGGCACCAGCUCGGGCCCACGGGUGAGAGCCCCGGGGCCGGGACGAAGGCAGGGCAGCCGGGAGGCAGGGCACUGGCCCUGUUUGACAUCCACGAAAUCAUGCAAGAGAAAAACCCGGUGCACGUUAUUGGGGUGGAAGAGCCUUCUGUGGGCACGUCCGUGUUGUUUGACAUCAGAGAAUCCCCCUAGGGGAGAAACGCUGAGGAUGACUUUUGAACCACAGGUACCAAAAUGUGUCUUUUGUAUGUUGGGGGAAACAAACAACAGGAUAACCUAAAUUUUGUCCCCAUCCCAAGCCUGCCCAUCAGACCCUCCUUGGCCUGGGGGAGUGACUUCUGAUUUGGCGUCAAGUCACCAGGCUGUGCUGGGGGGCUGUGUGAACGGUGUGACUCACUGUUCUGUUCUCAAAGUUCGUCUGCCCCAUCUCAAGCACGGCUCCCCACCUUGCUGGGGUCUCUGCUGGAAGACCUUCGGAAGACCUUUCAGCUGUCAAUGCCCAGGAAAGAGAGACGUCUGAGGAAAUGGUUUAUUUGUAUACGAUGCAGAACAUUCUAACAUGACCAUUUUCAUGUCCACGAUUGGAAACUUCGUCUGGAUCAUCUUUUUGCUUUCCUCCAACUUUACUCCUCAGGAAAGCAAAGCCUUGUGACCUUUGUCUAUGCUGUUCUUGACAUAAAGAAGAGCAUUGUGUUCGAGAUGUGAUCCUUGGUAUCUCACAGCAGAAAGGAUGUAAAAACCAAGGACUUAAACCUGCCUGCUUUCUAACCUACAGUGAAAGAGCGAAAUGCCCAUCCCGCCGGGACACUAUGUCGUGUGCUCCAGUUAUACAGCACGGUUGCCUUUUUUUGUUUGUUUGCUGUUCCCACUGCAGCUGAGUUCUAGUGAAGUUAAACACAAACCAUAAACAUCAAAAAUUGGAAGGAAGGAAAGUUGGUCAUGUUACAUCUCAGCUUGUGGCAAUGGUUCCUAAAAAUAUCCACAGAAGGAAUGUUGGAUUGGCAGAGCGUCAAGUUGAAUGGAAGAAGCAUCAUCGUGGAGGGCUACAACAGCGGUUCUAAGACCUCUGUCACAAUGACUGAGCAUCAGAGCUCUCACUGCCGAGGCGUGAUGGUUGAGUGUCAGAACCCCGUCAGAACUUCUCGUGUCCGUUUCUGUUCUUGGGUGCUGUGGGUGUCACAGCCGGUGGGGUUUCCAUCCCAGCAGAGCUGGCCUCCGGGACGCUCAGAGCCAGCCUCGCCGCUCACCUCCAGAGGUUCCACAAGAGCCCUCGAAGCCUCGCGUUGGCUUCUCUGCACUCCCCUGCCCUCUGGGCUUGUCCUCAUGGACUUCCCUUGUCGGCUCUCACUGUCACGACACCUCUGUCCUCGUGGCUUAGCCUGCACCGCCUGCCACUUCAUUCUUAGCCAAUAACCUUCUAUGUCCACGGCUCAGAAAAGGUGUGUUUUCAGACAGGCAGUGCCUGACAGUUCUGUGAGGUGGUGCCAUUUUACAUGCAAGGAAAAUGAGGCACAGGACAAAAGGAGCCACGGCCAGCUCGCACAGCUAGGAGCCGGCACGCGAGGUCAGCAUCCCGUUAGCGGUGUCUUAAGCAGAUCAGGCUGCGUCCUCAGGGCCUCAGCUACGGCAAAGGCACUGUCUUCUCUCCCACCCCGUCCCUCAUCGCAGGGAGACUGCUGCAGCCUCAGCGGCUGCGUCCGCAGUCAGGACUGGAGGACGGGGGAAGGGCAGGCCUGUGCUCAUCUCUCCGGUGAGGUUUCAAAGAAAAGCCUUUCCCCGAAGCUUCCGGCCGGUGCUCCUUAUGCCUCAUUGGCCCAGCCUGGGUCACAGGGCGCCGCCUAACGACGAGGGCGCUUGGAAAGCCAGUGUUCGGCUUCUCUAACCUCGGGGGCUGAGACUGCACCAGAAGGAGGUCUCUGGAAGCAGGUAAUGGAUAGGCAGCUGGCAGCACCCUCAGCCCUCCUGCUCCAGUCUCUUCUUGGGGGGAGUCGCUAGUGCUCCCCGAUUCCUGAUCAGAUGCCGCCACCGCCUCUCGGCUCCGCCUCUUCAUCCCCUGGAUUGUUCAGCCUGCUGGCCAGGCCCCCUUCCCUGUAACGCUCGGUCCCCCGGCAUUCUGGAACACCCCACUCUUCCAGAUCCCUUCUACCUCUCGAGGGGCUUCUGGCCCUCCCCUCCCCUUCCCUCUUAAAUGUUGGGGUCCCUGGGGGGCGGUCCCGGAGGCCCAUCGCGUGCUCCGCUCACUCGCGGACGUCCUCGUCCACACCCAUGGCUUAGGGCUGCUCACGCCCACAUCUUGGUCUCUGAGCUUCAGGCUGGAACAGCAGCUGCAUGCUGCUGGGCAGCUCCCCUAGAUGUCCUGCAAAGUCCCAAAACACAGCCUACCUGGAGGGAAAGGCCGCUUUCUAGGCCAAACCUGUUCCUCCUCCGCUGGGCCCUUUCACGGGGAUGGUUGCCACCCGCCACCCCAUCCCUCAAGCCAGAAGAUAGAUAUCCUGUUGGUUUUACCAUCUCAGCAUCUCAGCUGUCUUCGUUCCAUUCCGUUCCCGCUGCCACCGCUGGUGCAGGAUGGCCACGAGAGGGGGAGUGACAUGACACCAAGUGGCCUGGCCACCAGAGCCCUCCCCACUUUGGACUUUACCUCCUCACGGCCCCAUCAGCGGUGUGGGGUGCAGACUCGGAAUGCUCCCACUGUUCGUGUGCUCUGAGGAGGGGAGACCCCGCGGUAACUUCACAGCUCUGGACAGCUUGGAACCCAGGCCUGCGAUUGCCCCGUUCCCUCCGCCUUGGCCUGAAAAAUGGCAGCUGCCGAAGGGUCAUGUUUCCACAGUUCUCAGAGUGGACACUGGGUGGGCUGAGGCUACAGUGGCCUCACCAGGUAAGCCUGGAACAAGCUUGUCACCGUUGCCAUUUGCCGCCCUCUCCCGGGCACUGCAGAUCUUUGGGAAUUUUCCAUUUCUCUUUUCGGGUCACGUCUUCUAGGCAUCAUAUCCCUACUAAUUUCCUUAAGAUGCUUUGAAACCAAGUCAGAUAAGAAACUCCUCAGGGGAAACUUCUGUAAACUAGGGAAAAUAUAUGGUUUUAUCAGUUUGUCAAAGUAAUGCAAAUUCUUUGUAGCAAAACCUGUAAAAUGCCCAAAAGUAAGGUACACAUAAGUAUAUGGAGGUUUGUUUAAAAUUUAAUUCCUCAUACUUCCACCAUCCAGAGAUGGUCAUUACCUUAAGAUUUUGUUAAUUUUCCUUGUAAUUUUUUCUGGAAAUAUACCUGUGUGUAUACAUAGAGUGAACACUAAACCUUAUACACACAACAAAAAUAUUUAUGUGUAGCUAUCUUGUGUUUAGCAAAUUAGAAUCCCUUCUGUUUCUCUUGUAACGUGUACUUCUCACUCUACCUUGAACAUUUUCCUCUGAAAAUGGAUUUCAUGUAGCUUUUUAAAUUACCUUUCAGGAGGAUUGUAACAAUGUGACCUCCACCCAGCAUCUUACCAGCCUUGACUUUUAUCCAAAAGGGGGAGGAGGGUUUCAUACACAUUUCUGAAGGAGUAUGAAUUGAUACAGCCUCUGUGAAGGGCACUUUGUUGGUUGCUAUCUGAAUUACAGACAAAGACUUUGUCUCAGCAAGCCAGUUGCUGGUAAUGAAUCCUACAGAUACAUUUGUACCCGUGCAAACUGUUUGUAUGUAGUUUUAACCGUGGUAUUGAUCUCAAAAGUGAAAAUUUGGAAACAACCUCAGUGUCCACCACGUGGAACUGGCUAAGUGAUUUAUGGUGGACUGGUUGGCUUUUACACAGCCCUUAAAAUGGGGACUGUCUUUAUGAACUGCGGAGAAGAGCACCGAGAUUGUUAAGUGAAAAGGUAUAAAACGGUUUGUAUGGUAUGUUUCCAUUUGUGUAAAGAAGAAGCCAUUGCUUAUGCACAGACAGACACACACACUCUAUCUGAAGGGUACAGAGUGAACAUACGUACUGCUAUGCUAUUUGCUCUUGGGGAGGAGAAG